UCCAUCGACACCACCACCGGUCACCUAUAUAUACCAAUUGGAUUUACAUAUAGGUCGGUGAUACCUAUCUUUAUAUCGUACUACUUGUCGAACUGGCCCAGUUGAUCAACAUGAAGUUCACCCUCGUUCUUGCCGUUGUCCUGGUAUGCGCCAUCGCCGGUACGAGCCAAGCCUCUCCGACGGAAAAACCGAGCACGGUAAAGCCCGCGGUGACCGCUUCGAAGGACGUCAAGGAUGCCAUCAAAAACGCCAAGGAGACCGCCAAAGCGAAAAAGGACUGUCUGAAAGUUUGCGCUACGAACAAUUACGAUCCGAUUUGUGUUCAUGAUCCGUCCAAUGCCACCUACAAGCCGAGGACUUUUGGCAACCAGUGCGCUCUCGAGACCCACAACUGCGAAAUGGGAACGAAACUGGUCGUGAAGAGCAAAGGCGAGUGUCCAGGAUCCGACGGAGUUAGAUUGACCGUAUAAAUUAUAGGCGCGUACGUGUGAAUUCGUACAUGUAAUGUUUUAUUGUAUAAAAAUUAUUCUAUAACUAUUAAUAUUAAAAAAAAAAAAAAAGUAUAUACUCA